UUCAAGAUGACAGUAUUAGGUGUAAGUGUAAUAGAAAUUAAAUACACUGAUAUAAGCUACAACCUCUACAACCUUAUAAAAGAAUAUCUAUGCGGUUUCCUAUGAGUCACUAUUUCAGUGCAUUCGAGUUGGUUUAGUCGAACGCAUCAGUUCACAAACGUGGUAUUUUUAGUGCUGGAGGGAAAAUGAGCAAUUCAUAUUCGAUCAAACCCAUAACAGAAGCAGUUCAACAUGGUGAAGGACCUCAUUGGGACCAUGGGAAUCAAAUUCUGUAUUUCGUGGAUACCUUCAAAGCUACGAUUUACAGGUGGAAUUUUUGUUCUGACCACCUUUCAUCAUACAAAUUAGAAAAUCACAAUUCAGUAGCAAUAGUGAUUCCCAUCAAAGAUAAAGAAGAUGAACUUUUAGUGGCAUCCGAUAGAGAUGUAUUUGUACUGAAAUGGCCCAAUAAGACUAAAAACGACUAUUCAAAAACGCAUACCCCACUCACAUUAGCCAAACUGGAAAGAGAAAAACCCAAAAACCAAUUCAACGAUGGUAAAGUAGACAGUAAAGGCAGACUUUGGUUAGGAACAUUGACUAGAAAUGAAGACUUAUCAGUUUCCUCAAAUGGAGGCUCAUUAUACAUGUUGGCUUAUGAGGAUGGAAUGAAAGAAAUAGAAAGGAUAUCGAACACCAGCAUAAGCAAUGGUUUAGCAUGGUCCCAAGAUAACAAACGAUUUUACCACAUAGACAGUAGCACAAGGAUGGUAGUCGGUUAUGACUAUCAUGAAGAAUCUGGAGAAAUAAGCAACAAAAAAAUUAUUUUCGACCUCAAAGAUCAUCCAAAUUUGGAAGAUAUACCUGACGGUAUGACAAUUGACGAAAAUGAUCAUCUAUGGAUCGCAUUAUUCGGGGGUCACUCUGUGAUAAACGUAGACCCCGCAUCAGGAGAAUUGAUGAGAGUCAUAGAAGUUCCAGUGACUUACGUGACCUCGGUAUGCUUCGGAGGCCCUGACCUAGACAUACUCUAUGCAACCACUUCGAGGCUACACUUGGAUAGAGAAGGAUUAGAAAAGGAACCGAUGGCGGGAAGAAUUUUGGCUAUAGAACAUCUAGGAGUCAAGGGAUUACCAUCUAGAGAACCAGCAUUGCUAACUUGUCAAUAAUGAUUUAUUUAUUAUAAAUUCUUCUAAUUUAUUAACUAGUUAUAUAACUCUGAAUUGAAAUUAAAUAAAUAUCAUUAACUAUACAUGAAAAGUGUGGGAGUGACAGAUGAUGACUUUUCUUCAAUGUAAGAUAAUCAGUUAUGAAUAAAAUAAAAAAAUCAUGAAACAUGAGAAAGAUUUCUACAAAAUUCUUGGAAUUCCUAUGAUUUGUGAAUUCAUUCAAUGACCACAGAUUUCAAUCAAGUAAUGAGGAUUCAAAAUUUCAUGGGUAACAAAUAAUUACCAAUUUCAGUCAUACAAUAUGAAUAAUACCAGAUUUUUUAUAUUUUUCCCAUCUUAUUGAUUGAAGCUACCUACUUUUUCCAUAAAUAUAAUUCUCCAUAGG